AUGCACUUAUCACCAAAAGGUCUGUUGUUUUCCAUUUACUAUAAUUUUCUUGCAGCUAUCGGGAUACCAGCCAAUUUGACGGUGAUCGUGAUCUUAUACCGAAGAAGAUGUGGUCUUUCUGGAUGUAUCGUUUACUAUGUGGUAUCCAUGGCGCUAGCAGAUCUCUUGAUCAUUGUUGGUAAUGUUAUUAUAAACCGGAUUGCGGGCAUUUAUUUCCCAUUCAGCUUUUUAUCCAUCACACCAAUAUGCAGUCUCCGCAUUGUCCUAAUUUAUUCAGUAAUAGAUAGUUCUGCCUGGUUAACCGUCGCUUUCACCUUUGAUCGAUUUGUGGCCAUUUGUUGCCAGAAGCUGAAAAUCAAAUACUGUACAGAACUAACAGCGACAUGGGUUAUAGGGAGCGUCUGCAUGCUCAGCUGUUUUAAAAAUGCAUUUUUAUAUUUUAUAUUUGAACCAUCGUACAUAAUUAGUAACGUACCUUGGUUCUGCGUUCCAAAAUUAGCAUUUAGUACCACCCAAGCAUGGGCCGCAUAUGAUUUGAGUCGUUCCAUUCUAGCCCCCUGCCUCCCAUUCACUCUGAUUAUACUGCUCAAUGCUCUGACUGUCAGACACAUUUUAGCGGCCAGUCAAGCCCGUAGGAGACUCCGCACCCCAAGCAAUGGGGAAAAUAAGAGUGACCCAGAGAUGGAGAAACGGAAAAAGUCCAUUAUUUUACUCUUUGGCAUUUCAGGUAGUUUUGUUCUGCUUUAUUCGGUAUUUUUUGUAACAGUGCUGUAUGUCCGAAUUGCAAAAGUAGCGUAUUACUCGGUUGCUGAUUACAAUAAGUCAUCCUUUAUCCUGGAGGAAACCGGGUAUAUGCUUCAGUUUCUGAGUUCCUGCAUCAAUCCAUUUAUUUAUGCGGGCGUCCAGAAUAAAUUCAGAGACGAGUUAAAGAAUGGUUUGAAAUAUCCGCCGAGAUUGCUUGUUAAACUUUUAAAGUCGUGA